CCUCCCUCCCUCCCUCCCCGCCCUGCCUGCUCUCACUCCCACCUACUCUACCUCCCUCCGCCGGGCUCCAGUGCCACUAACGCCGCUAGGUCCGCCACGGUCGCUCUGUCAGAGGAUAAAAGGCUUCAAUUUCCCCCUGCGACCACACCGGGACAGAUACCGGGAACAUCUACAUGAUAUUCCCCUAACUCGAAAUAGCAACUUCUUAAGAGACAAGUGGACAUAACAUAAUCACAGCACAUCAUUCCAACUGGGCCACAACAAAAACAAGUAAUUAACAGCAAAAGAUAAGAGUGACCAGCAAGUGAAUAACUAACAGCUAUUGACGCUUUGACCAGCGUGGUUUGAGAUAAAUGGCUGACAAGCAGAUCAGUUUGCCUGCCAAAUUAAUUAAUGGGGGGAUCGCCGGCCUGAUCGGAGUGACCUGUGUGUUUCCCAUUGACUUGGCCAAGACUCGCUUGCAAAACCAGCAAAAUGGCUCUCGCCUUUACACCAGCAUGUCAGACUGCCUUAUUAAGACCAUCAGGUCAGAGGGGUAUUUUGGGAUGUACAGAGGAGCUGCCGUGAACCUCACACUAGUCACGCCAGAGAAAGCCAUCAAAUUGGCUGCCAACGACUUCUUCAGGCAUCACCUCUCUAAGGAUGGAAAACUUACUCUGUUCAAAGAGAUGCUGGCUGGGUGUGGGGCAGGAACAUGUCAGGUUAUUGUCACAACUCCUAUGGAGAUGUUGAAAAUCCAGCUCCAAGAUGCUGGGCGAAUAGCUGCUCAGAGGAAGCUGAUGCCAGAGACGGUGGCUGCAGGUACUGUGGAGACCAAGUCCCCGACAGCCAUGCAGAUCUCAAGGCAGCUGUUUAGGGAAAAGGGCAUCGCCGGGCUGUAUAAAGGCCUCGGUGCCACACUGCUCAGGGAUGUUCCCUUCUCUAUCAUCUACUUCCCCCUCUUUGCCAACCUGAAUAACCUGGGCAAGAAAGACAUGGACGGGCCUGCUCCGUUCUACGUGUCCUUCAUAUCAGGCUGCGUUGCAGGCAGCACGGCGGCCGUUGCUGUCAACCCUGUUGAUGUGAUAAAGACUAGACUGCAGUCCCUGAACAGGGGGAGCACAGAAGACACGUACAGUGGAGUGACUGACUGUAUCAGGAAAAUUAUGCGUAACGAGGGUCCAUCAGCCUUCCUGAAGGGAGCCUACUGUCGAGCCUUGGUCAUUGCGCCUCUCUUUGGCAUCGCCCAGGUGGUUUACUUCCUGGGCGUGGGUGAAUUUAUUCUCAGUUUCUUGCCUAAAAAAGACAACUAAGAAGCACCUCCUUUCUGCCUUUUCCCUUCCAUAAUGCAUCACACUAACUGCGUAAGGAAUCAUCUCAUUUCGAAAGGAGCUCUCAGUCGGUCGAAGAAUGACCAAUUUGUCGAUUUUGUUUUAAAUAUGUUGUGUUGAAUGUGAAAUACUUGAGGAGGGAGCCUUCGUUUGCCAAGCUGCCUGUGGUGGCGCACAAAGUUCCAGUAGGCAGGCUAAGCUAGCACUCUGGAAAUGAAGCCACAAGUAUCAUUUUUUUUCUUUUAUGAUUAUAAACUUUAUCGUAUUUCUGAUUAUGAUUGUUGAAUUUACAAAUCAGAUGUGCUGCCCUUGGUUUGCUGCAGUUUUGCAAGUCCUUCAGCCUCUGAAUGACAGAGAAGACCAUUCUAUAAAUCACAACCCCCACCAAGCGAAAUUAAAUACCUACUGUAGCUUACAUUUUCCACUGUUAGUGUUGGAAGAAGAUUCACUAAAACACUGUCAAAGACACAGUCAUUACAGAUCAUUAUAUAUAUAUUUAGGCAUAAUGACUUAAUUAAAUAAUAGUGGGGUAUUGGCUUGUGUUUCAGGCACCAGGGAAGGUGCUGAUAUGAUACUAGCACAGCCCUGUGAUCUUUCCUGAGAAGCCGCAUCUCUGCCUGUAAGUGGCUGUAAUGAACUUAGCCGCUCAGCUGAGGAGACCUUUAUCGCCUUGGCUUCUUAGGUGGAUCAGGUUCCAUCUGAUAUUUAAUGCAACCACAAUGGUUCCACUGUUUUGUCUCUGGGAAAGACAGCUAGGCUGAAACGAUACCACGUUUGGGCAUUAUUCACUAGCAAACAGUAAAGUUAGUGAACCCUCAGCACAGAAUCCGGAGCAAUGCCUGUCAUGUUUCCCUGUGAGUCAGCUGUAGUGCAGGUUUUCCUCAGACCACAUGCUGAUCAGUCAAUUGCAGCCAAAAGUGUAGUGCGCCCUUUAGUUCCAGUCUACAGAGAGCAGGGCAGUGGCAGGUUGUUCUUCCGUGAUCCACUCAGAGUUCAGAUCAAAACAUUAGCUGUGAUCAAUUGGGUUUGAAACGGAUUUCUAUGAAUUUAAGAUUGGCAGUGAGUGUUCAGUAGUGAUGCUGACACAUGUCCAGGCCUGGUAGGCUAAGGCCACAUCGGCAUGGAGCCACUAGCUUUAGCUGGAGAAGUUCAGCUCCCCUCAGAUCCAGACGUAAUUAUCAUUGUUUACAGAUGCGUUUUCGUUCUCAUUGUUCUUUGUCCGAACUUGAAACCAGUGGCAGGACCCAAAGAGCUAAUGAAAAACGUCUUUAUCGGAAAAUCGCGGUGUGAUUUUUACCAAACAUCUCAGCUUGUUUGCUUUAGAGGUCUUGUUUGCUUUAAGCUGCUGGGAAAAGCAGCCCCGUCGUAUCUUGUUUAUGCAUCACAACACUGAAGCCCUGUUAUUGGUUUAUCUUGCCGGAGAUCAAGGUGACUUUGAUGUGUAUUAUCCAAUCACAUUCCUUUCUUGCUCCCACUGUUCAAGCAGCUCGUCCAUUGUUCUGUUGCACUGUAGACAGACGACUACGGCAACUUUUCAAUGUUUUAUGAUUUGUGGGAGGAAGAUCUAUUUAUCAAGAUUUCUUUCUAUAGGCUUUAUAGCACUAUAUAUUUGUAUGUGAUGUUUUUUCUGUGUCAAAGUGUCCACCUUAACUAUAUUGUACAUAUACAGAUAAUAUGAAUUUUAUGUUUGUUUUGUAUAUGAUGGCUUAUUUGCACACCUACCUCUCCUGCCCCCCCCCCCCCCCCCCCCCCCCAAUCCAUAUUGUUGUGAUUUUAUGUUAUGAUGACGUGGACAUAUCAAAUGAACAAGCCUGUUUAACUGCGAGCAUCAUUUGACCCUGACUGCAGCGUAGUGAUGUUGUUUUUAUUAUAUGCAAAAGGGAACACUAGAUGUAAUCGGGUGCUUUUGGAGGUGCGCUGGUUAAAGUCAGCGGGUCCCUUUUUAGCCACCGCUUUAUCAACUAGGACCAAAAUGAAGCAACGUGCAAUGAUGACAGUUUCAGGCGUAACUGGCCGACAGGCGCCUGCCGACGUCACUCUGCACCUCUGACCUGUGAACGGCUGCCGUUCAGGCAGCUGUAGUAUGAAGGACCAACAAGGUUCAGUGUGUGAAGCUAAAGCCACGGGUCAGGCAGGGACGACAGCACUGCUAGACGUCGAGCGGCACCUCCAGCCAUGUUGACAGAUGAUAAACUGAGCCACAGGACCAUGGGAGCAGGAACAUCUGCCUGUUCUCCUGAGCUCAUUUUUACAAAUCACUGUUGUAGUGUUUUGAACAUUCCGAGUUCCUCCUCAUCGUUUAUAUGCUGUUGUUGUGAUCAUAAUGCCUAUUUUUUGUGUUGUUGAGAUUAUUGUGAUGAUUUUCAAACCCACUACCCCCCUGCGGUUGUUUUCAGAUUCCUUUUAUCCUAUUACUCCUUUUUUAUGCUGAUUCUUGAAAAUGUGUUGGGGUCUUUUUGUUUCAUUCAGCUGUGAGUUUUCACUGACCUUGUGCAUUUUUUGUUCUGUGCGUCUGUGUGCGUGCGUGUGCGUGGUGUAGUUGAUGUGUAGUCGUUAGUGUGACACUGCAGUAUUCUCUUCUUUAAUUGUCAGAUCGGCGCUCUGUCCCUUCCCUCCUUCUAUCUGUCACACUUCUCUGCUACUCUGGCGUGCAGGUUACAGCCUGAAACACACCAAAUGUAUGACUUAGAGUGUAUACAAUCAAAGAAAGCACAAAGGAUUAAUAGGCACAAGGAAACAAACGGUCCACUUUGAAUACUCAGAGCCAAAUCAAGUGUACUCCUGCACACUUGAUUUCAGUGGAAAGGACGAUAGAGAUUCCGUUAUCAGUCUUGUAUGAAAGUUUAUCUAUGUCUGUGAAAGCUGAUCCAUAGGGCUGAGACAACAGGAGAGAGUUGCUGGCUAGUUAGACACAAAAUGUAUAUCGCCUACUUAUUCUAAAUGAAUCAGAUAUAAGAAUGUAACUUAAAUAUUAUCAGAUGUAUUCUAACUAUAGUGAAGAAUUUAUUACAUUUUAUUCUACAGAAUUGUGCUUUAAACAUUCACUGACGAAUUCAUGAACCAGCUCACGGAUAUGCAAUAAGUAGAAGCCACAAUAUAUACACACUAGAGAAAAAGAAUAACACUUGACACAACCUGUCAAUCACAACGUCACACAACACAAGAAUAAUGCAACUGGGAGCUUGGGGGCCUCCUGGGUCUGGGCUCUCCUCUGUUCUCUUCCUCCGAGAGGAAAUGUGCAUUACAGCACUUUAAAACAAGGACCGUUGCCCCAUCGUCCAUCAAUGAAGUGUCUCUCUAUGACGUAGAGGGUGUUAAUGAGUAUGUGUGGUAAACAAAACAUUAUUUACAAUGCAAUGGAAGAAUCUAUUGUGUUCCCUGUCACAAUUUGCUGUUUAAUAAACUGACUGUCCUUAAA